ACUAGGAAAUUAGACACACCAAAUGAUGCUCUUUCUACUCGUAACCCUACCUAUCAUUCUCAUUUUCCUUCUUCCUAAAUCCAGAAAGGGUGGAAGAAACACACUCCCACCAGGUCCUGUUGGUCUACCAUUCAUUGGAAAUUUGCAUCAAUAUGAUACUUUAACCCCUCAUAUCUAUUUUUGGAAACUUUCAAAGAAAUAUGGAGAAAUCUUCUCAUUGAAACUUGCUUCUGCUCAAAUGGUUGUAGUUUCUUCAAAAAACUUAGCCAAAGAAGUACUCAAGACACAAGAUUUACUAUAUUGUAGUAGACCUUCUAUUCUCAGUCAGCAAAAAUUAUCUUAUAAUGGUCGUGACAUAGUCUUUUCACCUUAUAAUGACUGUUGGAGAGAAAUGAGAAAGUUUUGUGUGCUUCAUCUAUUUAGUCUCAAGAAAGUACAAUUAUAUAGUCCAAUUCGUGAAGAUGAAGUAUCAAGAAUGAUCAAGAAAAUAUCUCAACAAGCUGCCACUUCAAAAAUAACAAAUUUGAGCAAUUCAAUGAUUUCACUAACUGUGUCAUCAUUCAUCUUACACGAUGCAGCAAAGAAUUCCAAUAACAAGAAUGAAGUACAUGUAGACCACUCUGGCGGGUACAAUGGCGGUGGAUACUCCGGUCGCGGCGGAUACCAUGGCGGCGGUCACAGUGGUGGCGGUGGAUAUUCUGGCGGUGGACAUGGCGGCCACGGUGGAUACGGUGGACAUGGUGGUGGCGGCCGCAAGUGCUGCUCCUAGAUACAAUGGUGAAUAGUAAUAUAGUUACAAUCACCUUGUACCAAUUGGUGGCAAGAUGUAACAGUACGUAAUACUAUUGCUGGCUAUUUCUAGCUUCUUGUAAGAAUUGAGAAAUAAAAGCUAUCAUGUUAUAAAAACUAUCAUGUUACGUUUGUUAAUUAGAUAAUGGUACGUGCCAUAACACUUUUCCGUUGGUGUU